CCACAACUGAGAAAAACGGAGACCAAAUUGAACCCGGACCUCUAAAGAAAUUCUGGAUUGCGGAAGGGGCAAAUCAGAUAAUUAAGAACUUUCUGGUAACUUCCUAAAUCAACCGUUCAGCUUCUUUCCAGUUCCAGAAACUUCCCCUGUUCCCCCUUUACCCACUUGGAUCAGCAUCAUCCUCGAAUACUAUAAAUAGAUAGAACCCCCCCCAGUAAGAUUUCAUACGAUAUCUUCAGCAAUUAUCUACAGCCAUAUUCUGCAACCAAAUUACUCUGUUUCGAUUUUGUUCAAUUUCCUCCAAAUUAAGCAAAGAUGGAUCCGAGGCUAAUGGGUUUAGACGUUCCGUUGUUCCAGACGCUCCAGCAUGUGUUGGACGGCGUCGAAGAUUCCGACAAGACCGCCAACGCGCCGAGGAAGAGCUACGCCCGGGACGCCAAAGCAAUGGCGGCCACGCCGGCGGACGUGAAGGAGUACACCAAUUCCUACGUCUUCGUCGUGGACAUGCCGGGGCUGAAAUCCGGCGAGAUUAAAGUUCAGGUGGAGGACGACAAUGUGUUGGUGAUCAGCGGUGAGAGGAGAAGGGACGAGGCGAAAGAAGCGGCAAAGUAUGUGAGGAUGGAGAGACGAGUCGGCAAGUUCAUGAGGAGGUUUGUGCUGCCGGAUAAUGCCGACACCGAUGCAAUCAGCGCUGUUUGUCAAGAUGGAGUCUUGACGGUCACAGUUCAGAAAUUGCCUCCUCCUCAACCCAGGAAGCCUAAGACCAUUGAGGUCAAGGUUGCUUAAAUUACUAGUACUCUGUUUUUGCAUAAUUGAGCUUUGUUUUUUGGGGUUUGGGUUUUUGAUUAGUAGAUGCUAUGUAAUGUUAAGAAAGAGUAGUGGCGGCUUGGGAGUUAGCACUGUUCUUAUAUGGUAAUUUUUGCAUCUUUUUCAUCUAAAGUAUGGCGUUGAUUUUCUUAUUGCAUUUGCUGGUAAUCCGUAUUGAUAUUCUUUUGUACCAAAAAUAUGGC